AGCAUUUACAUGUUUCUGUUGUUCAUGGUAUAUUUAUUGGGGGAGUUUUACUUGCUUAUCUACGCCCCCGGGUACAUUUUACAAAUUUGAACUACCAAAUUAUAGGGUUUGUUUCAAUAUUUAAUAAUUUUAUUUCGCUGACGCAGAAAUGAAAAGCAAUACUCACAUAUCCUCAAGGAAAUUCGCGCUUCCGGACAGUGACGUGUACAGUAUGUUGUACAGUGGGUGUCAACACAACCUAAACAAGACUUUAAUCAGUGACUCGGAACGACGGUAAAACAACAACGUGAUGACAACUAUCACACAAUGUAAAACUGCCAACCUUUUGGCCACGUCGUCGCAACGUCGAGACAACGUUCUGUGUUUAAGGACUGGCCCGUGCCUCACUGUAACCCAGAUUUAUUUUUUAUUUUUUUAAGAAAAAUAAGGGCAAGUCAAAAUGAUUCUUUGUGGUAAUCAACAAUAUGCCACAUAUGCUGUCGAUUGAUCUUAACUUAUAUUGAGGAUUAUUCCUUAUGAUUAUUCCUUAUUGUAAAGUGUUAUAUUUUCAUUUAUAUUAUAAUAUUGAACAAACAUAUUAAGUCAAAGUUAAUUACUAUAAGACACUGUAAUUAACAUGAAAUGUAAUUUUAAACUAACAAAGUUAUUGUAAUGUCAUAUCUGUUUCAGUAGGUGGCACUAACACGCUUAGCAAUUGUCUAGCAUGAAACAGUAGAAGUAGAGAAAAUUAUGUGUAACUAACAUGUGAGUUUCUGCCUUGUCUUUAUUUAUGUAUUUAUUAGACCUGAUAUGGUCUAAAAUGCUUUGACUUUUUGAAGGAAUAAAAUAGAUGACGUGCAAUUAGCGCUAAAUAUUUCAGGGGUCGGAUAUAUUUCUCAACUGCAGUGCCACAUUACAACCCUUAAGCACUUCAGUUAAUCUGCUAUUGCGGUAUAUUACACAUCCUACGAAGCAUACGGUGUCAUAAUAAUGUCUGAGGCCACGACCCCAGGAAGAAAGGGCAACUUGGCAGGAAGUGCCAGAAAAUUAAAGGACAACGCCGCAGAUUGGCAUAACUUCAUCCAGAAAUGGGAGCGCUUGAAUGACGAGGGAGCCGCGAUUGCCACUAGCAUAGUUAAUCUCGGAUUGAGCAAAAAAUCAGCCGAUGAGCCCAAUGUUGUGAUGGAAGGUGACAGCUCACAGACUGGGAGUCUGUCAGAGAUCAGUCUGAAACAGAGCAACCAAGAGCUUGAGGAAGAAUGCAACAAAUUACAGGAUGUUGUGGAAAAAAUGAUGCAGAAGAUGGUCCUUGCUGAGCGUGGGAUCUGUGCACUUGAAGCAUUCCAGUAUGGAGAGAAAGGAAACCCAGCACCACUGUUCCACACUUGGUCUACACAACAGUUUGCUGAAGUGUCCUCCAAGCUUUAUGCAUCAUACAAGCAGGAGUUGGCCCUAAAGCAGACAAUACUACAGGAAUUAGCCCACACUGUGAAUACUGACCUCACCAUGGUCUAUCUCUCAUCUUGGCAAUAUCAACCCUACAUUGAAGAGAGUGGAAAACUGCUACUAGAGAGUUUGCUGUUGGAAACGGGUCACAGAUCCCUGUAAUUCAGUUUUUUUUUUAAUCAAUGCAUGAGGACAAUAUGU